AUCCAAUUAACUUGACCGCCAUUACGAAUAUGUUUUGUUUUAAUUGUUAGUAAUCAGCCUGAUGGGAGACAGAAGCGGCGACAAGGUGUGUUUGUACCUGGCCUUGAGCAGGUGGAGGGCAAAUGAGUCAGGGGGGGCUUCUGGGACGCACGUACAGUUACAUAUGUUUGCGCACGCGUGUUCACACGCACAUACACUCUCUGGCUCAUACAUAAAGGGGAGCAAACAGUCGAACUCUUUCGGGGACAGACGGCAAAAAUGACAAGUACGCGGGAUGCUGCGCUUCAUCCAAGCGGAGCCGGUUGCGCGGUUUUACGCGCGGCUGCAGGUCCGAGCUCAACCAAAGACAAACCGAGCCUUCCCGAGUUUAUCCUGAUCGUGUCAGUGAUGUUGCUCGUCUCGGUCCAGUCGGCAUCAGCUCAUCCUCAGUGUCUGGACUUCGAGCCACCUUUCAAACCGCCGUGGCACCUGGAGUUUUGCACCCAGUACGAACAGUUUGGCUGCUGUGACCAGAAAACGGACAACAUGAUCGCGGAGAGAUACUGGGACAUUAUUGACCAGCUCGAGGUGGCGGGUUAUGAGCUCUGUGCGGAUAUGUUGAAGGAAGUGUUGUGUCAGGAGUGCUCUCCAUACGCCGCCCACCUCUAUGACGCUGAGGACCCGUACACACCUGUCAGAGAGCUACCCGGCCUUUGCUUUGGCUACUGCUCUGAGUUUCAUGCCAAAUGUGGCCACGUGGUUAAAUAUUUAACUGAGAACCAGCGGCUGCAGGAGACCUCUGCGCGAGAUGUGUUCACGUUCUGCAGCGUGGUCGACCUGUCCGACCAGGACUACUGCUACCCCAACGUUUUAAAGAGCCCUGACCUCAACAGCCACCUGGGACAAGUGGCGGAGGACCGCGGAGGGUGUCUCCAGCUGUGCCUGACAGAGGUGGCCAACAACCUCAGGAACCCUGUGUUGAUGCUACACAGCGGCGACGACACUCAUCGCAUGUUCAUCGCAGAGCAGGUGGGCUUUGUGUGGGUUUACCUGCGUGACGGCAGCCGGCUGGAGCAGCCCUUCCUGGACUUGAGCGGGGAGGUGAUGACCACGCCCUGGCUGGGGGAUGAGAGGGGCUUCCUGGGCAUGGCCUUCCACCCCGAGUACCGGGGCAACGGACGCUUCUUCAUCUACUACUCUAUCCAGGUCAACAGUAAGCUGGAGAAAAUCAGAGUCAGUGAGAUGAAGGUGUCUGCCCACGAUAUGAACAUGGCUGAUCCUUACUCAGAGAGGGUCAUUCUAGAGAUCGAGGAGCCCGCUGCCAACCACAAUGGAGGACAGCUGCUGUUCGGUCUCGAUGGAUAUUUGUAUAUCUUCACUGGAGACGGCGGAAAAGCCGGCGAUCCGUUUGGAAAAUACGGCAACGCACAAAACAAGAGUGCUCUGUUGGGAAAAGUACUCCGCAUCAAUGUCGAUGGAAGUGACUCCAGUGGGAAGCAGUACAGGAUCCCCCCUGAUAACCCAUUCCUCGGUGACCCCGACGCCCGGCCAGAGGUGUACGCAUACGGAGUCAGAAACAUGUGGCGGUGCUCUGUGGACCGCGGAGACCUGGUCAGCCGCUAUGGCCGGGGCAGGAUAUUCUGUGGAGAUGUGGGUCAAAACCGCUACGAGGAAAUCGACAUUAUUGUGAAGGGAGGAAACUAUGGAUGGAGAGCCAAAGAGGGCUUCGAGUGCUAUGAUAUGAAACUGUGCCACAACUCCUCCUUGAAUGACAUCCUCCCUAUAUUUGCAUACAGCCAUCAUGUUGGGAAGUCUGUGACAGGGGGAUAUGUGUACCGAGGAUGUGAAUCACCCAAUCUGAACGGCCUGUACAUUUUUGGAGACUUUAUGAGUGGUCGAAUCAUGGCGUUAGAGGAAGAUAAAUCAACGGGAAGCUGGAAGGAGAGGAGCGUAUGCAUGGGCGACACAAAGACGUGCUCUUUUCCCGGACUCAUCAAUCAUCACCACAAGUUCAUCAUCUCGUUCGCUGAAGACGAAGCAGGGGAACUAUAUUUUCUGGCCACUGCGUACCCCAGUGCCAUGUCUCCUUUUGGAACGGUUUUCAAAUUCAUGGACCCCUCCAGGAGAGCUCCUCCGGGGAAGUGUAAGCAGAAGCCGCUGCCUGUCAAAGUGAGGGGAAAAAAGAUUCCUUUUGUGCCGAGGGAACUGACUGUGUUGGACACAAAUGAAAAACCGACGAGACCACCACCAAGAAAAUUCAAGCUCGCCACCAAACCACCGGUGACAAGCAGACCUACUACAACGACUGCGGCCAGCGUGACGACGGCAGCGACGAGUGCUGCUGUGAAACGGAUAACAGUUGAUAAGAAAGCGAGAGAGAAAAAUACGUUGAAACCAUGGAAGAAAAACAAAGUGCUGAACAAGCAAGCAGCUAACGCACAAAUGAGGAAGACUUUGAGACAGAAAUCCAAGGAACAAUCAAAAAAGGCCACAGUUAGAGACAAAAUAAAGCCAAUAAAGACCAAUCAGACUGCCUCAGCUGAGUUAAAAAGCAACGCUCUACAAACCACCAACAGCCUGAAAGAUAACACAGUCCACACGAGGAAGAUCCCACAAAGGAAAAGUGCACGGAAGCAAAGAAACAGGAUAAAGUCAAAAGAAGAAUAUAAUGCCUUCGUGAAUGAAACUCAGACAAACUUGAAUGUGAAAACAAACAAACUUAAGGUAAAAAACAAGUGAGCAAAACACGCAAAAAGCACUUUAAAGCAUUUUUUUAGGGGACUAUUUUCUACAUUUUAAAAGGUAGG